CCCUGAGCCGGGCGGGCCUGCCGCGGGGUCGGCGUCCAGAGCGGCUCCGGGAAGCAACGGCGAUGGCACCGGCGGCGUCUCGGCUGCGGGCCGAAGCCGCGCUCGGGGGUCUCCCGCGGCGCGCGCUCGCCCAGUACCUGCUGCUUCUGCGGCUCUACCCGGUGCUCACCAAGGCGGCCAGCAGUGGCAUUUUGUCAGCACUUGGGAAUCUCUUGGCCCAGAUGAUUGAGAAGAAGCAGAGAAAAGGAAACUCUCAAAAUCUAGAUGUCUGUGGGCCUCUUAGAUAUGCAGCUUAUGGGUUCUUUGUCACAGGCCCACUGAGUCACUACUUCUACCUCUUCAUGGAGCACUGGAUCCCUCCUGAGGUGCCUUUGGCCACAGUCAAGAGGCUCCUGCUAGACCGUCUGCUCUUCGCACCAGCCUUCCUGCUGUUGUUCUUCCUCAUCAUGAACUUCCUGGAGGGGAAGGACACCCAUGCCUUUGCUGCCAAGAUGAAGAGUGGCUUCUGGCCUGCACUUCGGAUGAACUGGCGAGUGUGGACACCUGUGCAGUUUAUUAACAUCAACUAUGUGCCUUUGCAGUUCCGGGUGCUCUUUGCCAACCUGGCAGCUUUGUUCUGGUAUGCCUACCUGGCCUCUUUGGGGAAGUGACUUCAGAGGCACUGUGGACAGAGACCUGGGGGAAUCCACCUCCCAGAGGGAGCUGCAGAACCUGCCCAGGCAGGACUUCACCUAAUCACAGGAGGAGAAAGAGAAAUGUCAAUGUCAGCACCUUGUGCUUUAGAAAGGCAGCAGCUGACGUGGAAAGCAGAGGGGCCUUCAGCUGUCACCUUCGACCAGAUGAAGGUCACAAUAAAGGGUAAUGCAGCUGCUUC